AUGACAGUCUUACCAUAUCUUGACAUUAAAGCUACACCAGUACGUUCACUCGAAUCACCACGAUUGUCAAGAACAAAAUCAUUUCAUCAUGAAUCUGAAUUCACUGGACAACAACAACGACAACUAUCCUUACCAAGACGUUAUUCACGUAAAUUAUCUUCAUCUUCACCAGUACGUUGUACAGUUCCAUCAGCACAUAUACGUACACCAAAAAUAAAUAUUAUUGCUCGAUCAGAUGAAAUUUUAAAACAAUUACCACAUUCAAAAACAACUAAUAUACAAACAUUGAAUUCAAUUUGGAAACCAUUAGUUCGUGAACAACCUGAUUAUGAUUAUCUAUGGGAGCCUGUAAAACGUGAAGAUAUACGUCAUCAAUAUGAUUUUUAUGUAGCACCACAACGUAUUAUUGCUAGUCGACCUGAUGAUCCAAUGAAAAUGACAACAAUGUUUGAAACUCAAGAUAGACAUUAUCAUAAUUAUAAACGAGUACAAGCUAUGCAACAACGACAAUGGAAUCAACAACAUAUGCAAUAUACUACUUAUCCAUAUUCCCAUAUGGAAGAACGUGAAAUGUACAAUAAACAAAUUCGAUCAACACUCAAAGAACAAAUGGAAGAAAAAGUCCAAGCUGACAAAAUUGAAUUAGAAAUAAAAAAUCGUGCAACUGAAGUUGUUCUUGAACAAGAUCGACAAUAUUUCGAACAAGAAAAACAACGACAAAUUGAACGAGCUAAAUUAUUAUUACAAUUUACUGUUAAAAAUAAAGAAUUAAUGGAAAAUAAAUGGGAAUAUGAUCAAUGGCAUCGUAUGCAUCAAUGGCAUGUUGAACGAGCUAUACUAGCUGAUAAUCCGAUCAAUUGGAGUAAAACAAUGACUUAA